ACACUCAGCAGUGUGUGGCUGUCCUCACUUGCCUCUGCCUCGCUCUUGCUCUCUCUGUGUGUCACACGCUUGUUAGUUUCAGUACAGAGAACGUAGCGUGUGGAUGUAAAUGACCUGCAGGUCCGUGCUUACACAGAACAGGUUGAUAGACCCACAAUGCAUGUGAAACAUGACCAACAAGGCCCCCUGGGAUAACUCAAGCAGUGUGUGCAGCAUGGAGCCAACAGCUGGCUACUCCCCCACAGUUCCAGAGCCAGAACUCUACCGCAGCAUCCAGGCUGUGCUGCCCAGGGACACAGACAGCCAGCAGAAUCCAGACUGUUAUAACAAAGGCAUGCUGAGAUGGACUCUUCAUAAGAAGGUUCAAAGCAAUCCUGCCAACAGCUUGUCUCUGGUGUGGGUGCUGAUAAAAGAGCUGGAAAAGGCUGAGAGAUGGGACUCUCGCAAAUGCAUCAUCCCUCUGCUCCACACACUGAUGUAUGCCAUCAUUCAGACAGCCUACAUUCCAGAUGAGCUGUACAAGCGGGUUUAUGACUUUUGUAAGAGACUCCUGACCUACCCUCAUCCCUACUGCACUGUAGGCCUCAGCUACACGAGGCAGAUAAAAAUUGAACGCUCCAUUCCAGGUCUGAUGUACCAGAGGAUGGUCACAGCAGAGCAGAGGCUAAAAAAUGAGCACUAUCCCUUUCAGGAGAGGGUCUUCGUUCUUGCUGACCCAGAAGUCUUUGCUGGUUCUUUGGGACAACUCUUGGUGGGAGAUAUUGAGGCGUCCACUUCAGUUUCAGACUCAAAUAGCUCUCCAAGUCCUCUGGAUCACAUGUGCAGUGUGGUCCAACACUCCAUACAGGCUGCUUUAGGAGCAGAUAAGUGCAACGGACCGAGACUGGCUCAAGCCCUAAAGGACAUGGGUCAAGACGUUGAGUCGCACUUUCAGGAAGUGUUGGCGGCUCUGGAGCAGAGCACGGAGGAGGGCGGCAGAGGGGAUGGGGGUGCGCUAAGGAGCCGUCUUCAGAGGCUGUACAGCAAGAUCCUCACUGACACAGACUCAGAGCCAUUGUCCAGUGGACAACUGCGUGACUGCCCUCUUCCUAACCCAGAGAUGAGCUUCCACCUGUGGACGGAGGAUCUGGAUAUCUGGCGAGAGCUGGCCAAGUGGUUUCGAUCCAGCUCCAUGUCGGAGCAGUUCUCCCUCAGCCACGAGCAGGAGGACUUUGAGCUGGGUGAGUCGCCCAGUGACCUGAUGCCGUCUAACAUGACGCGCUUUUCCGUCAUGUCCAACGACAGCGGCAUUGAAAGAGACCUGCCCCCUGGCUCUGAUCCUUCCCCAUCGUCAUCUCUGGACACUGCCAGCAUGAGUACAUCAUGGGAACAAUGCAAAAGUGAGCAAGAUUCAGCAAGGCUGUCACGGCGUGGAGGCAUCAAGAUGAAACCAUCUGUGAAGGACAGUAUGGCGCUGAUGCAGGACACCCUGGAGGAACACGCAAGUCUCGGAGGAGGAGGUGGAGGGAAGGGUGGAAGAAGAGGGGAGACUCUGCAGAGGCGGGCAGGUGGCAACGCGAUGCAGAACCCCUUCCCCAAGCAGCAGAGACACUUUACUGCCAGGAUAGUCGCCAUGGGAGAUGACAGGGUGCUCGGCCGCCUGGCCAAGGCCUACUACUUCCUCAGGAAAAGGGAAGCGCGACGGCUUUUUCUUACAAUGAAAGUCAACCUCCAGUUUUACUACAUCCCUGUUUGCAGGGCCGCCACAACUCCCAUCUCCUCUAUCAAGGAAAACCUCAGUCAAUCCAAGGAGAAUCUCUGCACUCUUGGUUCCUACCUGAGCGUAGUGGACCCGUGGUACAACUCUAACAUCAAGAGUUUAGGCUGCAUGAUCCCCAAACUGGCUAAGCUGCAACAGAUGAGCCCAGGGAGGCCAAAAGAGCCCUUCGUGUCUGAUGUCAUUUCCUAUUACGUUCGUGCCGGCCAGCAGCCUGUCUACUUCACCAUCUACUUUGUUAAGAUCACAUUCACCAGCAUGACAAAGGAUCCUGUGGAGGAUGUGUUUCUCACCCAUCUAGAAAUGGAGUUUCCUGAGUUCAGACAGAUCUCAGCGUCAAUUAGAGAUAAACCAAAGAAGAGCUCAGCGGAGGUAUGCGGAGCUGUUGUCUCGAUGAAUUACAGAAAGGUGACAUUAAGUGGACGAGACGUUGACAAAGGAAUCUCAGUCAGGACAUCGGGAGCUCAGAUCAAUGCUAUUCCCUCUAAUGAAGCAGAAGAUCUGAACUGUUUGACACUGACACUGAAUGAAUUUCCAACAAAGACCAAAAACAACACUGUGGAGUCAAAGAUUCGGACCAGCAACAUUAAGAUUCGCACUUUGGAGAGUCGCUCCUUCACUGUUACACUGGACAGAGACUGUCGUAGGACCUACAAAAAUGUGCAGAGCAUCGAGAUCUCCCCGUGCCUUGAUCCGGGAUACUGCGUCCAGAAAACCAUAAGGUCCAAAUUCAAGCUGGGAGAGGACAAAGAUGCCGGACUGAGCAAAUACAUGAACAAAGGACUUCCUCUACCAAUCAACACAUUUGCUGGCAUCAUCACUUGACAUGGUGGAGUAAGCCCAACGAGAAACUUGAGAAUGGAGACCACCCAGACUUUGUUUUGAUAGCGGGAAUGGUUGUUGCUUCUGUAAAAAAAACAAACAAAAAAAAGUCCAGUCUGACACAUGAAAAGACAAAAGGAAUAACCCUUGAGUCAUACUGAGCUGCUCCUGAAACCAAAGUGUUUCAUUUCUGUCAGUCAGGGCCAACUGGCACGAAUGCAAAAAGACUUUAAAUCAAAAGCAACUUGAGGCCAAAUCCAACACAUCGUACAGUACUAUUGUCACUUCUCACUUCUUGAAGUCAGUGGAAUAGCCUGUCUGCUUCUUUUACAGUAACAGGAAUAACAUUGUAUCACACUGUGGGGUAUGACUGAACUCCUAACAGUGUGUCACUCUUUAUGAGUGAACUAUUGUACACACCUAAUAAUGCCAAAGAACAAUUCUGCCUGUGAAACUAGAGACACGGGCAAAGAAACAUAAGUAAGCAAAGUAUGUAUCUGUACACAUCAAAGAUUUCAGGACUACUGAUAUCACUUAUCAUGUGAUGUCAUAAAAAUCUGGAAAAACUGUUUCUCCAAGUCACGGCUUGGUGAGGCAGAUUUGAAGGGUUGAUUGUAACAGCUACUCUGCUUCAUAGACACACUACUUUUUACCACCUUAUUGACACACACACACACACACACACAAAACAACACAGACUCACCUGGCCUGUCAGCGAAUGAAAGAUUGUGGAAAGACCGGUACGAUGACGGCUGACAGUUAAAUGUUGCCUUCGUCUUAGCUGAAUCAUUCAAAUAACGUGUUAUUCCCAUACAAAUUACAAGCUGUUAUGAAGGUGAACGUGAUUGACAUUUGCCUUGGGUUUAGUUUUUGGAAACAUUCUUGACAUUUUUCACAACUACACUAUGCUCAGUGCUGAAGCUACAUCCACGUGUCAAGAAUUACUACAGAACAGAAGCAGCUUUUGUGCUUUACUGUAUCAGACAGACACGGGGAUUAUGCACAGCCUUAGCUAAAUUAUCUGUUGGACUUAAUACUGCUGACUUCAGGCCACUGUCUGCUACCCAGACGUGCAACAUUCUGUUUCACUCUUGACAGUAUACAGGAAGGAGAGCAAAAUUUAGGGGGAGACUCUCAAAGUGAAACGCACACAUGCUAGGAAAUGUCUCAAGGUGCGAGAAUCACCUCUGACCAUGUGUUCGAUGGUGCAUCAGUGUGCUAACUUGCAUCUAUUUGCACUUCAACAGCAGGUUUGUUUUCUAUUAUUCAGCAACAGUGUGUAAAGCAAAUACCCUCUGGCUCCUAACUCACUCACUGGUCAGUGGCCCUAUGCUUCAAAAGUUGAUGCUCUGUGUACUGCUGUAGCGUCAGUUUUGGACAUGACAGUCUCCAUAUCAGUUUCCGCUCGUUACACGCUGCAGUGUCUUACAAAAAAAACCCUCUAUCUUCAGAGGAAAUAGUAGUUUUGCAAUUAAAUCUACAUUAGGUUAAGGCAGCUAAAAUACUAAUAAGGAUUAUGGUCUGGGUUGAAAUAACUACAUUUGAUACAAUAGCUUAAGAAGUAUGUGGCAUUAUUACUGUCAUGUGAUGUAUGCCGAUAACUAUGUUACGUGGUUAAAAAAAAACUCAAGUAGACUUUUGGUUUCACAUGGGACACAAGCAUUCGUCUCCUGAGUGUUAGUCCUGUGUGUGUGACCCAUCCACCUCCCCUCCCUCCCAGUCUUCUCUGAGUUUCUCGCUCUUUCUGUUAUGCUAUUGCUGGGGACGGGAUCACAUCGGAGUUAACUGAAAGCCUGGUGUGUCUCACAGAGCUGUGGGGUGUCUUGAGUGUCGGUAACAGAAGCCAAGGGCCACUGACCAGGCUGCCUUAUUCAGAUACCCUGGGAAUGACAACGGGUUGGUUAAGCUUAAUAAGACAACAUGUGUAAUUAUGUCAUUACUUUUCAUGUCAUAAAGACAUGACAAGUUAUUAGAGGGCCAUUCAAGACAUGACACAACUAUUUGACUAAGCUGUUAUUCAUAAAAAUGAUAAAGCUGUUGUUUUUGCCUCAGAAUGAUUAUAUUACACACUCAAGAAUGGCUCGGAAGCCUAUUGAUGCAUCUCCACAGGUAUGAUCUCAGGCAGUAAAGGUCAACAGCCUCAGUAACUGGAAGUGAUGUGUUAUACUGGCAGGGUAGAUUCAUGAGUUUGGAAUUCAUGAUGCAUUUUGCACAUUAUUUUUCACCUAAUGACAUAUGUAAAGAGGAUGCCAUUAAAAUCAAAAUGUAAUUGUGUAAAUAAAUGAUUUUGUUUUUGUAAA